AGGACUGCAGUUUCUGGUGCUGAUGGGAGAGCGGUCGAGGGACAUUAUUAAGGCAUUGUAACAUUAACCCUAAGUGCCUCUUUGGUGAAUGGGUUAGCCUUUUGUGGAGAACAGGAUUACGGAAUUACGGUAGUGCUGGUGCUGUGUGCAUGUUACUUCCUGGUGCAUGUGGUCCAAACUUUAAUUCAUGAGCCUUGUGAAGGGAAUACUGAACAUCCUGCCUCUCGGAUCCAGCUCUGGACCUUGUCUUCACCCAUUUUGUGUGCAAUCCAUCAAGAUUCCACAUCAGGUUUUUUUGAAGAGGGGGACUGUGUGUGCAGCUUAAAUGACGAAGUGGAACUUGUUCAGGCAUCAGACAACGCCCAUGGUCGCUGCUAAGCCAACGGGGGCCAGUGCCUUGACUGUGACUCCAGCCUCCGUCGCAUUAGUCUCUGCCGACAACACCACCGAACCGGUCAACAAGAACGAUGCCUUUGACGAGAUCAAAAACAAGUUCCUAAAUGAAAUCGACAAGAUCCCACUGCCGUCCUGGGCUAUCAUUGCCAUUGCCGUGGUCGCUGCUUUACUCAUUCUAACAUGCUGCUUCUGCAUCAUCAAGAAAUGCUGUUGCAAGAAGAAGAAGAACAAGAAGGGCAAGAAGGGGAAGGGGGACAUGGGAAUGAAGAACCUGAAAGGGGGAGAGAAACAACAGGAUGACGAUGAUGAAGAAGAUGAUGUCGAACCCGGACUGACUGGAGACGAGAAAGAGGAGGAAGUGAAGGAGAAAGAGAAGCUGGGGAAGCUGCAGUACUCCAUUGAUUAUGACUUCCAGGAGAACAAGCUGACUGUGGGAAUCCUGCAAGCAGCUGAUCUCCUCUCCAUGGACAGCGGAGGCACCUCUGACCCCUACGUCAAGGUCUUUGUCCUCCCUGACAAAAAGAAGAAGUUUGACACAAAGGUUCACAAGAAAACACUCAAUCCUGUCUUCAAUGAGACCUUUACCUUCAAGAUUCCAUUCCAAGAGAUGGGAGGAAAGACUCUGGUGAUGUCAGUCUAUGACUUUGAUCGCUUCUCUAAACAUGAUGUCAUCGGAGAGAUUAAAAUACCCAUGAACACCCUUGACCUGGCAAAGCCAAUUGAGGAGUGGAGAGACCUGGACAGCGCAGAUCAAGAAGAGCCUGAGAAGCUGGGUGACAUUUGCAUCUCUCUGCGUUACGUCCCCACUGCUGGCAAACUUACCAUCUGUAUCCUGGAGGCCAAGAACCUGAAGAAAAUGGACGUGGGUGGGCUGUCAGAUCCUUACGUGAAAAUUAACCUCCUGCAGAAUGGAAAGAGGCUGAAGAAGAAGAAGACGACAGUGAAGAAGAACACUUUGAAUCCGUACUACAAUGAGUCCUUCAGCUUUGAGAUUCCUCUUGAACAAAUGCAGAAAAUCCUAGCUGUGAUCACAGUGCUGGAUUAUGACAAGAUUGGCAAGAACGAUGCCAUUGGGAAGAUCUUGGUGGGAAGCAAGUGCACGGGGGCCGGGCUGAAACACUGGUCCGACAUGCUGGCCAACCCCCGCCGCCCCAUCGCCCAGUGGCAUCCACUGCAGCCAGAGGAGGAGGUGGAUGCUGCCAUCGCAGCCCUGAAUGCCAAGAAGUAAACUCCCCCCUGAACACAUCGUCCCCCACCUUCCACCUUACCUUACCCACGCAUUCCCCCUCGACCAUCUCCCCCCGGGCCCCACGUAUCAGUGUAUAUUCCAGAAGAACACCCCAACUGUUCAUCUGCUCCCUCCUCCUCCCCUUCCUCUCCCGCUGCCACCUUUCAAAAGAUCCAUACAUUCAACAUGAUGGGAAAUCUAGUUUAAAAAAAAAGCAUCAUGUUAUAUGAAAUCAUGUCAUUGAAAAAAGAAGACAAGUUACAGGAUGGACAGAUACUCCGUUGAUUUCCUUUAGAUCUAUUUUUGUAUUGGGGUUGUGGUUCCAUUAAUAAGAAUACAGAGUAGACUACAAAGAGUGCUAUAUGGGAAUCUGGUGAUAGAGGGGAUAAAACAUUAACAUUCACUCAUAUUGUACUUCUCACCCCUUCCCCUUAGUGACACAGUUUGCUUAGAAUAGUGCUUAAUAAUAAAAUGCUUUAUACUGCCAUAUGAUAGAGAAAUAACACAAGCAGGUCCAUUCCUUAGGUGUAUUGUGCACCAUGUUCCACACCUGCCAGUUAUCAUACUAGAUGAUUCUGUUCGUUUGAAGUACAUUCCUAGAGUUGGGUAGCGAGUAGGGAUAGGCAUAUAUCCAGUUACCCACAAACACACUGCCUUUUUUGAUUAGUUAACCUUCCACCCAUCGUCUCAGGAAAACUGAGAGGAAACUGAAACUCCAUGCCUUUUUUUCUAAACGGGUUGUUAUUAUUAUUCAAAUACUCCUCUUGAUGAGACCGUCGGAUCCAAGCGCUUGUUUAUUUUCCGGUGACGUAAGGCUCACGACUAGUGCUAGUUUAUCCAUGAAAUGGUAGGCAACAGGGAGUGGUGGAUUUUCAGAAAAAAAGGGGUAUUUGUGUAUUUUUUUGACAAAAAGGCUGUCAUUUGAAUAACAAAAAAGCAAGGAAAUAUUAUCAGAGUGGGUACAACAGAGACUGAUUCCAACCACCAAUGACAUGAUAUUUACAAGGUGUCGAUUACUGCCUGCAGUCUACCACCUCCCCUCCCAACGCCUCUGAUUCUGUAUCUCACUUGUUCAGUGCUACUGCCAUUAGUCAUGGACUUGACACAAGGGUUUUACUUCAAAGGAAUCCCUAUAACCGUCUUACAGUCAUAAAGGAGACAAGCCUUCAAAGUAACAAAAUAAGCAAUUUUCAACUACCAGGGACGCCUUCCAGUUAGCGGUGUUGUUCUCUUCAUUUCUUUAUUUUUCUUGUUCUGUUCAUUUAUCCAUUUUAUUUAACUUCAAACACUUUUAUUCCUCAAGCACUUUAAAUCCAAAUGUUACGUUAAGUACCCUCAGAAACCAGAGCUUUAAUUAUUAAUGUCAUUGAUAUCUGCUGGUUUUAUGAAGAAAAAAGAGCAAAGGAGUGCAUUAUGUAUUUUUUUUUGUUAUUGUUGCUUUUUUUUGGGCAUUUUGUGUAUUGAUUGUUUGAAUAUUACGUUUCUCACUCUCGAUUGCAAGGAUAUGGUCUGGAAGAAGGCACUGAUCAUGUGUAUAUUAUACACAGCUUACCAAACUGUUGAAUUUAAUUGCACUACUGGGUAUGUUUCUGUUCUGUGGUAAUUUGACGCUGUUUUUUGAUCUGUGUAGAUUUUAUUUUUUAAUGAUGAAAUGUUGUGAGAUUGAAUUUUUCUGUGGCACACCAGACAGGUCUCCUCCUACAUACUAUAUACACAUAUGUGUGUCAAAAAAAAAAACUCUAAAAGAAAGAAAAGAGACACAAUCUAAUGCUGCUCCCUGGCUCCUUCGCAGAAUGCAAUUGGUUCAGUUUUGUAAAUUAAUAUUCUGCUGAAGAUUAAUUUUAAAGAGGAAGUUUGUCUAGUGACACAAUCCAAAAUGACCAAAACUUAUCAGCCCUGAAUAAAUUGGAGGAUGCGUAAUUAGUAAUCAAACUCCUAAUAUGCAUCAGGUCUUGUGUGCCUGCUUCCAGGUCUACUUAUUAAUUUAAAUCAGCAUAAACUACCCGUUAACUGUGUGCAAAAAAAAAAAGAAAGAAAAAAAGCAAAGUCAAUGUAAAUCAACUUUUUUUUUUGAAUUUUAUGAAUGUUGGCUCUUGUAUCUUCCUCUGUUGGAAACUUUGACUCUUGAUUUUUUUAUAACCGACAUAGCCCACAUUCAGUUUUUCAUCGCACAUUAUCUUUUUUCCUCUGUUGACGAAGCAGCACUAAAGAAAAGGCAACAUGGAAGCAAUCAAGCAACCCAUCGGUGUGUAGUUUUGCCUAUAUACAUAGUUCAUACACGUUGAUACUGCAUGUUUAUACAAAAUACUGUACAUAGGAGCAUGUUUUAGAGACAAAGCAAAAAUAUCUCGUGUACGUAAAUGGGUGUCAUUUGUCAUUUUAAUAACACAAACGAAGGGGGAAAAAAAGAUGCACUGUAUAUUUUCUAAAUGAAACAAAUGUGUAUUUAUUUUCCAUGAGGGUCAUUGGAGAGAAUGUCAUACAAAUAUUAGAGUACUAUUACUAAUAAGAACCUUUCCACGCCUGAAAUUCUUAAGCAAGUGUGUCGUCCAGUACUGUGUGUGAGUUCAUGUAGGAUGAAAAUGUAGCCGCAUGCUUGCUAUAUAAUUCCUUGUGAUCGGAUUUUUUUUUUUUUGACACCAUUUAUCUUCCAUACAUUUUUUCAGCGCUUAUCUGAAGGCCAAUGUUUGACUUGUUUUAUUGGUGUUGCUUUUUUUUUUUUUUUUUUUUUUUUAAAGAAGCGAAAUAUGUUUUAAAUUUUCAAUGUUUGGGAUGUCGGGGUCUCCAAGUCUAUUACUAUUUUUUAAAAACAGAUUUGGCACGUUGUUAUUCUGAAAUAACUCGAAAAAAGAUGGAAUAAUUCUGCAAUCUGUAGGUGGAUUGUAGGAGCUGUUAUUUGUGCCAGUAGUGAAAGUCUGUUUGAUCAUAUCUUUGUAAAAACGCAUUUCCAAGGGCCAAAACGAUGACUAAUCCCAUUCCAGCGAACACAAAACGACUUGGAUUCCCGUCUUCUCUCUUUCUUUACUUGGAAGUUUUUAUUUUUCACUUCUACAGUAUUUAAAUGACCUGAAACCCUUCACGGCUGUGUCUCUUUUACUGUGUUUAUUAUACAAUAUGUGUACGUGUAUACAAGAUAAAUGAAUAAGAUAAAACUAAAGCCAUAAAACUCAA